AUGGAGAACACGAUUCCCAAAAUUCCCGACCUUACGCUAUCUCAUUACCGCUUCAUUCUAAAUCACUCCAAAACAUCGGAACUUCAUGAAGAGGCGAAAACGAAAUUAUUUCAAGCCAUUGACGAGAAUAAGAUGGCUCCAUUCUACCAAUUACUGACAGACGAACUGAAACUACCACUUGAUAAGGUAUUGCUUGCGCAGUAUCAACAGGCAAAUAAGGAAGAAUUGCAAAAGCUCGAUGAGAAAAUCGAAGAUGCAGAACAGAAUUUGGGAGAAACAGAAAUUUGUGACGCAAUGUUGGCAAAGGCGAACUUUUUUGCUAACAUCGGGGAUAAGGAGAAAGCACUCACUGCUUAUCGUGCUGCACUGGAGAAGACUGCUGGAUUGGGAUCUCGGAUAGAUAUAAUAUUUUGUUUCGUGCGCGUAGGAUUCUUCUUUAAUGAUGAUGAUCUGAUCAGUCGCAAUAUUGAACGUGGCCGAAGUCUAAUUGAAGAAGGCGGCGACUGGGACCGUCGCAAUCGCCUCAAAGUAUACGAGGGCAUUUAUCGCUUAUCUAUCCGAGACUUUAAAACUGCUGCCAAUCUUUUCCUCGAUACUCUUUCAACGUUCAUGUCUACCGAGUUAAUGGAAUACAAAGAGUUUGUCAAAUAUUCAGUCUUAGCUGGUGCCAUUGCAUUGAAACGAGUAGAUUUAAAGAAGAAAGUAAUCGAUGCGCCCGAAGUGUUGGAGGUGUUAAACGAGAUCCCGCAUUUAGAAGACUAUAUCACAUCAUUGUAUAAUUGUGAAUAUGCGAAAUUCUUCAGGGCUCUUGCUGACGUUGAGAGAGUACACCUGCGUACAUCCGCUUACAUAUUUCCACAUCUUCGCUUCUACGUGAGAGAGAUGCGUAUUAUUGCUUAUGCUCAGUUACUUGAAUCUUACCGAUCGUUGACUAUGGAGAGUAUGGCUAAUGCAUUUGGUGUAUCGGAAGAGUUCAUUGACAAGGACGUUUCAAAAUUCAUCGCUGCUGGUCGAUUGAAUUGUGUGAUUGAUAAAGUUGGUGGUAUAGUUGAGACUAAUAGACCAGACGCAAAGAACGCUCAAACAAUCCCAACGCAAUCACACCUCGAGUCUGGUGAUGCACCUCCGGUGUAUGGAACUCAAUCAUCUGCACCAGAAUCUAUCCACGUGUUUGGAAAGAGACACGAAGCAUCAACGAAUUCAUAUAGAGCGGCCGAAGAGUUCUCCAGAAAACAUCCACCUCAGCAAUUGCUGCCAUCAGAUGAACACAUACGGUCCAUAGUCAGUCAAGGAGGAGCACCGGCGUAUCAAUUUGUCCCUGAACAUCCAGUCACGGUGACGGUCUCGGAGAAAGGACGGGUGGUGCAGUUUACUAAGAAAGAAGAUACUAUGGUGCAGACAAAUUACCCAUUGUUUGUUCCACGAGUUCAGACAGAUUCUGUUGAGAGUAGAGAUGCGAGUGGUGGGACAGAUAGUACGAUAAUACAGAUGCCUGUUUCAGAGGUAACACCCGUGUCAUCAGAAAAUAAGUCUUUGCAGAAAUCGGUUGGUAAUUCUGAAGUACGAGUAUUACAUUACUUUGAGAUUACUGUGCUGUCGAACGCAAGCCCAAGAGAUACAACAAUAGCAAUAGGUCUAGCCACGAAACCUUAUCCAUCAUUCAGGCUGCCUGGCUGGAACCUUAAUUCGGUCGGAUACCACUCUGAUGACGGACACAAAUUCAAUGACGCCUUUGGAGGCCGUAGUUAUGGUCCUGAAUGGGGUCAAGUUGGUGAUACUAUCGGAUGCAGAUAUUAUCCCGAUCUUGGAUACGUGUUCUUUACGAAAAAUGGAAAGAAUCUUGGAACUGCAUUUACUGGCAUGCGGUAUAUUUGGUUUCCUACAAUCGGUGCGGAUGGGCUAUGCAAAUUACAAAUCAACUUUGGUGAUGGAAAGCUGCCAUUUAGGUAUCCUGAGGCGAGAGGGUUUGGACCUGCUGGACCUAUUCAAUGA